AUGUCGCCGUAUCGUUUAGUCUAUGGAAAAUCUUGUCACUUACCUGUAGAGAUUGAACAUAAAGCUUAUUGGGCUAUUAAAGCAAUUAAUAUGGAUUUUAAUCUUGCAGGUGGAAGGAGAUUACUUGAGCUGAGUGAAUUGGAGGAACACCGGUUACAUGCAUACGAAAAUGCCAAAAUUUAUAAAGAAAAGAUCAAAUAUUGGCAUGACAAGCACAUUAUUCCUAAACAAUUUCAGGUAGGGCAAAAAGUGCUUUUAUUCAAUUCACGCCUGAGGUUAUUUCCAGGAAAAUUGAAGUCAAGGUGGUCUGGACCAUUUGAAGUCACUCAAGUAUUUCCCUAUGGAGCGGUUGAAGUGGCAAAUUCAAGAAAUGAAAGGUUUAAGGUCAAUGGACAACGAUUGAAACCCUACUUGGCAGGGUUGACAAAUGGAAGCAAGAAUGACCAUUUGAGGAAAAAGGCGAACUUUGAUCAAGCAACUCAACCCCUUGAUUUGCGUUAA